GUGUGGAGCGUCAUGGACGGCCCCACACCGCCGGCAGCGACGCUCUGGCAACGCUGGAGCUCUUCUUUCAGGUGACGCGGGAGGGCCCGAAGCGGUUCCAAUCCUGCUUUUCAGAAGCAUCCACCUCCGCCUCCUUCCUCACCGAUAGCUCAGGUGGCAGCUACUACCCAGAGACUGCUCAAGGCUAUGGCUUUCAAUGGACGGAGGACGGCCAGGCUCACCAUGUCCUCAGAGACGUAGCUGGUCAGAACAUGCAGCAGAACAUGCAGCAGAACAUGCAGGACGUCCAGAAUUGGAACGAGGGCUACAUGCCGGUAGAGAUCCAAAGGCCAUGGGACGAGGCUCCAGCCUAUGAUGGCGGGAACCCGCAGCAAGGGUGGCAGUUGCUGAGCACGGGUCCGGCGCUACAGGCGCGGCCACUAGAGGUGAGAUCAAUGACCAUGGCGCCGCAGCAGCAGGCCCAGGACGAGGCGCAAGCAGUGCUGGCUGCCGUGGGCGCCGGCAUGGCGGCGACCUUGUUGGAGGAUCCCAUUGAGCAGCAGAACCGGCAGGAGGCUGCAAUGCAGCUCCUCAUGACGGGCAGAGGUGCUGCUCAAUGCGUCCAAAGCGUCCAGAGCGUCCAGACCGUUCAGAGUGUGGGCACGAGCAUGAACGCAG